AAUCAAAGCAACGCAUUCAAGAAGGAAUCCCUGAAUUCUCAGGUAACUCAUAAAAUGGCACAACAAUGGCAAGAAUGCUCAUCCGCAAAAGCUACUUUCUAAAGACUCCCACCGUUUAACGCUCGCCCCCGGGUUGAGUCGACGCCUAAUUCUUGUCAAGGAAAGUUGAUGCCUGGAUGGGCACAUGGUGCAACUGGGCGCGGUCCAACGAAGAACCAUUCACUUUCCCCUGAACCGUAUAAAAUGGAAAAAAAUCUUGUGGCUGUCUGACACUUUCAUCCAAAUUUCUGCCAGGAGAAAUCUUUCUGCUCUGCGCUGCGUCGGGAAUAAGACUUCAAGAUGAAGACAUAUCUUGCUUUCAUGGUCGCCAUCAUUGGCGUUGGUAUGGUUGUCGCUGAAGAGAAUCUGAAGGAAAGGCUCGUGGUAGCCCUGAAAUCACUUGUACAGGACAAUGAGGAGCUAAGUCUGGAAGCCCGAGACUCUCAGACUAGGUGCAUGAUGGAUACCAAGAACUGCAACGAACACGGUUCAUGCGUUUCGGACCGAUGGGGAUCGUACUACUGCAAGUGUACCUGGCCAUACAGAUAUGGAGGAUCCGACUCUUCUUGCCAUCCGCCACCUGAGACUAAGCCGGAAGACCUAGAGAUGCAAGCCAGAGACACCGAGAGCAGGUGUAUGACAGACACUAACGAGUGCGAUGGACACGGUACUUGUGUUCAGAGUACGUUCGGUAGGAGGACUGGACAGUUUAUCUGCCGCUGCGAUGCUGGAUACAAGAACAACCUAAAUGGUGGUUGCAAUGCCCUUACUGAACGAGAGAUCGAAUACCUGUCCAACGUUGCUCGCGACAUGGAGCUGGAAAUGUUGACCCGUGACACAAUGUCCCGUUGCGUCUCUGACACACAGAACUGCGACGGGAACGGCAAGUGCACACAGAGUACCUUCGGCCGUAACAGCGGACAAUACAUCUGCCUCUGUGACGCUGGCUUCAAGAACAAUGCAUACGGAGGCUGCUCCCCCCAAACAGAACGUGAGGUUGAGUUUCUAGCCAUGCUCUCUCGCGAUCUGCAACUGGAACUGCAAGCCCGUGACACCUUGCGUCAGUGUAACGCUGACACCAACAACUGUGACGGGGCCGGUGAGUGCAAGCAAAGUGCCUUCGGACGUAACCUUGGACAAUACAUCUGUUGGUGUAAUACAGGCUACAGCAAUAACCUGUAUGGUGGAUGUUCACCCGACGAACUUCCUGAGAAUAAAGAAGAAGAUGAGGUCGCGGAUGACGUGUCCAAACGCCGAAUGGAACUUAUGCAGCAGAUAACUGACCUCCUAGCUGAAGAAUAAACCAAGUAUAAAGAGACCAAAACUGUGAUACCAUUAGAAAAUACUCUAUGUUCCCUCUAAUUUCCGCUCAGUCGUCAUUAAAAGAAAGAAGAUGGUGUGUUGUAGGCUUCGUGUAGAGUCGGUGACCAAUCAGAAUUACCUUCCAGUCAAAUAACUUUCCAACUCCAUAUAUCUAGAGAGUCAAACUUUUGUAAUAGUUCCCCCGGAUAUUUCAUAGAUUCAGUUUGAACCCUGGGGGCCGUUUCAUAAAUAUGUUCAUAAGUUGAAAGCGACUGGUGAUCCUUUCUUGUGGUAAACGAUAUUCACCAUUAUGUUCAUUGGUGAUUAUUUAGCGCGUAAGAAAGGUUCACCGGUCGCUCUUCAAUUCGCUCUUAACGAACAGCUUUAUGAAACACCCACCAGGUAUAUCGUAAUUUCAGCUGCUACACUCAAUGAUAUGAAGUCGGUUGGUUCCCGGUUUACUGUUAAAUUUGGUUAGCAUUUGGUUUAGUGUAACUAGGUUGGUGCCGAAGAUUUCGGAAAUUCUAUGAUAAUAACCAAACUCUAAAUUACUCUGGCACCGUACCCUCAUAUGUGACCAGCUUUUUCAAACUAAUCAAGUCAAAUGAGCUUGUAAUUCGUUUAAUUUGAUUUUUAAAAUCAGUUUCCCUGUUCAAAGGUAUAAGUUUUAGCAUUAUUAUUACCAUUGAUCAUGUUAAUUAAUGUAAAGAUAGUACCAAAGGUGAAAUAUCUAUAGCCACACUUACACUUACAUAAAAAAGGCACAAAUGUCUCAUCUUCCAUGAAAAAGUUACCCAGACUAAAACGUCGAUAUCACUGUUUUGAAAAAUAGGUCAUGGAAAUAGGUUUAUCCAAUAUAAGAUUUAUAUAAUAUAAUUGAUAUCAUUAUCGUAGUGGUUAUUAUUGUGAUUUAUUAUCAUUAUUGUUAACAUUUUUAUACAUCUGAUAUCUUUAUUUUCAAGCUGCAGAGAAUUAAUGUCUUCUUCCAUGUUUGCGAAUAAAUGACAUUUGCAAUGGAAAGAAUCGCGCCUUGUGAAAUUUCUUUGUACAUUAAUCUCUUCUUCAUGAUACAAUUAUGACAUGUUCAUGUGAGAUUAUAAUACACAAAUGAA